UUACCAUAGCAAUCGCAUUUGACACAACACAACCACAGAAAAUUCUAAGAAUUUGAGGUUAAUUCCUUUUAAACAGCAGUACCGUCAUCGAUAUAUACCAUUAUACCGAUAGACUCGCUGAACUCCAACUUACAUAAACAUUUGGUCUCUUGAACGGUGUAGACAUCCAAUUUUAUUUCACUCAGUUUUUCUUCGGUGAACUUCAAAGUAUUCUCUUCCGCAACGUAUGCGGUGUACGUGAACCGAUUGUGAUUGCAGUGCUUGGCAUAAACGUUAAAACGACAAAACGACAGUUGAGAACGAAGUUUGUAUGUUGAGCAAAAAGAAUAAAACAUCGAAGAGAAACAGAGAAAAUCAACAACCAAUAAUUAAGCAUAUUCAUUUUGUAUGAAUGAUCAAUUUUUAAUAUUGGUCUCACGCGUGCACUCGCUCUCAUUUCUCUGCUUAUUAGAAUGUUCUAAAUUCAAUCUGAACCGCAUUUCGCUGCGAUUGUAUGUAAAUGUGUGUGUGUGUCUUUGGCUCCGUGCUACGGUUUUCAAUUUUCUCUCUCGCCGAAACGAGUUUUAAACGUGUGUGAGUACUCUAUCAAAAUAGCAGUGUGUAUUUUUGUGUACAAACGAAAUAAAAUGUCAAGAGAAUUCAAGUGACUGACACCUUAUCGCCUUUUUUUUUAAAAAGUUCGAUACAAUCAAAGUGUAAUUUAUUUUCUACACACCUAGCGUAAUGAAAGGUGCGUUUAUCAUUUAAGUAGGCAGUGAACAUUCAUUCUCCAACAGUUUUUCCUGUUAGUCAAAGUGUUCAAGUGAAAUUGGGAGAAAUUUUUGUUCCAAUUGGAAAUACAAGUGAGAGAUAAUUAAAAACAGGAAAGAAAGCUAGAAGAUUUGGUUUACUACCGUGAUGCACCUUUGCUGAGAGCCUGAACGCAGCUUUUGACAGGAUCGAAAGCAUUGACGAAUAUCAACAAAAUAAGGAAAACCAACGUAACAGAGAUAAGAAUUAGAAAAAGAAGAAGGAGAAAAAACCAAUUCGCAACAAUGACCGUUAGACCCUUCAUGGCUAUUUUGCCGAAAGAAACACAAAUCGGCGAUGAAAUCAUACUCAAGGGAAAAAUUAAAGACAACGCACAAAUAUUUUCGGUGAAUUUUACGCUGGAUUGCUGCCCGAACCCACUAAACAUUGCCUACCAUUUCAAAACAAAUUUCGUGAACAACUUAGUGACGCAUAAUUACAAAACGGUUGGCAUUUGGAAUGAAGAAACGGUGGAGGAGAAUACAUGGAUUCAGCCUGGUCAAGAAUUCUGUUUGACGUUUCAUUUUGACGAUUCCGAGUUUUUCGUCUACUCCGAUGAUGAAGAUCGGUGCUUUCUAUAUAGAUUCGGCUAUAAAUUUGACAUUGGCGACAUUAAGGCCGUCCAAUUAUGGGAUGAUGUGGAUUAUGUGAAGGAGAUUAUAUUCCGUUAUAAGUAGAAAUCAAAUCAAUGAACCCAAAAUCAAAUGAACAAAUCGUAGGAGAAUUAAAUGAGAAAAUGAUAUUGAUCGAAUUAUAUCCUCCCAUACCUACCAACACCUCCUCUCCUUCCCCCCAGAACAAAAGCACUGCAGCCAAAACCAGACGAUGAAGAAUAUAGAAACGAGCAAUCAAACGCUUACACAAUAAUCUCGUGUACCACUUGUCAAGUAAUUAUGUGAAAACGAAAACACAACAAUGAAAAUCAAAACAAUUAAGUACAAUAUUCAAUAUUGAUUUGAUUUAGAUCAUUAAUUUCGAUUAGUUCUAAUAAUUUAAUAAAUUAUAACACAGAGUUCCAUCGAAUUAAAUUCGAUUCAAUACCAUUAUAGGGUAAAAUAUCAUUUAAACGAGCAUUUAAGCAAAUGAAGCAAUAAUUUAUUACAUAUAUUUAUCAUUCGCAACUAUUUUAAUUCAUUCACAUUUUCUGUUCUUUUGUUUUGGCUUAAUUUUUAAUGUCGAUCGUAGAGGCAGCUUUUAAUCAGGCAAUAAAUAUAGCAAUAAACGGACAUAUGUGCCUUUUGAAGUGAAAAAAAAAUAUACACGAUAGAAUUCGAUAGACAUUUAGCAUGUUUCCAUUCAAAUUUAGUAUUACAAUUGACUAAUGACUAAGAGUUGAUGCUUUUCAAAAUAUAUUCAUUUCCGUUGUUGAAUUUAUGUUAUAAGAAUAAAGUGUAUUAUUAUCAGUAUUCAUGUACUUACAAACCA